UUCUGUUUGUCUCUCGGGAAUCGAACGGAGAAUUCCUGCCUGGGGAUGGAGGAGAAAUAUGUGAAUUCAGUGUCAUUGUUCCUUUCUCUGCAAUAUGGUCGAUUGCAAGUUCUUGACUUGAUUUUACAAAGACAUUGCUUGAUGGAUCUGCAGAUCUGUUUCAUUCUCUUGCAGCUCCAUCUUUCGAUUUCUCUCUUGAAAUGUUUAAAUCUAUGGCCUUUAUCACGUUCCCUUAUCCUCCAUUAUCGGCUCCUGUUACUUUUUUUCUUCUUCGUGAUUCCAAAAGAUUCAAUGUACUGUGAUUUCAUAGAACGGUCUGAAUUUCAGUUGUCUGGUACUCAGAAUCGCUUUAUUGAUUACUUCAUCCACCCACAGGGCCAAACAUUCUUAACAAUGGAAGGGGAAAUGCCGUUGGCUGAACACAUAGACGUGAUAUCAUCAGACGAAUCAAGUUCCUCGUCGGGCGUUGAGGCUGAGGUCAGUGACGGAUUUUCCUCACAGAAGGCAGAGGAGAAUGUCAUACUCAAUGCCACUUACAAGAACAUCACCCCUGAAGGUGCAUUGUACAGAAGAGCAGAAAUGUACCAAUAUUACAUGAAGCAAAUCCCCAUCCCUACAGACCGUGGUUCUCUUAUUCCAUUUACCACAUGGGUUGGAUUAGGAAACUCUAUCAAACAACUGUACGGCCAGCCUUUGCAUUACCUCACAAACGUUCUACUGAACCGGUGGGAUCAAUCGAGGGUUGGGUCGGAGGCCGAGCAUCAGCCCUUGGACACCAUAAUCCAUCCGUCUAAGGCAGAAGCAACCGUCUGGUUCAUCGAAGAGAUUCAUCGAAGAACCUCAUCUCAUCAUCACAUUGUGAGUCUAUGGCAAUCAGAUCCCAUGUAUCACGCCUUUAUUGACCCAGUUUAUCCAGAGUUGUAAAGAGUUCAAUGGUGGAUAUAAUUUGCUGUACAAGCCUUCUUCAAUGGUUGAAGCUCAGGCAAAAUAAAUGAACUGUUCCUGUUGUGUCUU